GAGCGGCCUACCUCUCCUCGCAGCUUUAUUUUUGCUUCUCGUUUGCCGAGGCGAAAGGUGGCCGUUUCGGCAGUGGCCCGCUGCCUUUCAGCUGUUCCCCCAUGUUCGCUGUUGUCAACAACAUCUUCAGUGAUGAGGUGUUCAACUGGUUUCUCAUGGCCAGCGGCGACCUGCGUUCAGCGGGUCACUUUGGAGUCCUUGAGUGGACGGGCCCCGUGUUCAAAGUGCACGAGCUCACCCAUGAGGAGCUUUGCAAGCUGCCUUUCAAGGUGCUGAUGUUUGGCAGCACGGAGUACGACUCCAAGCACAGGCUCCUCGACCGGUUCAUCAAGGAGGACUAUCAGCACAAGAGGUUCAUCCUUUUCUCAAACUUCCGAAUUCGCCCGGAACUCGAGUCCAAGCUGAGACAGGUUUGCCAUCUGCUUGUUGUGGAUCGAGAUCCCAUGGCCGAUCCAUGGUGCCGGAGGAAGCUCCAGGAGCUAUGCGAGCUCCAGCGGGAGUGUGUCCAGCUCUUCCGAGACGACGUGGCUGCAUGGACUGUGGACACCAUUCAGAGGCAGAUCUCCUUCUUGGAGAGCUCCGGCAUUGAUGUGGACGCAGGCAGACAAGAGCUGGAGCCGCCCCUCAAGGCAGAGGAGGAUGGCCUCGCCGCAAUUCUGCUGAAGGGUCGCGCUGUCGACAAGCUCGGCGCCAAAUCCGACAGCGCCCGUAAGGCCGUUGUGCCACCCUUGCCAUCUUUGGACCGCAGCUGCAGCGCAUCAGCUGGAAUGCCAUGCAUUGUGGAGGCGUCGCCACCGAGAAUGCCGGAUUUGCUUCGGGCAUCCUCCUCCCCAUCCUGA